UCCAAUCAUCUAUGAACAAUAUAUAUAUAUAUAGUGAAAUGUGAAUAGUUUAUUACGUUAUAAAAUGACAAAACUACGUUUUCUUUAAUUUUAUAAAAAAAUUAAUAAUUUAAUAGCCAAAAUUUACUAAUAAUAAAUUAAAAGCCAGUGUCGUGUAAUAAUGUAUUCAUAACAGUUUUUUUUUAUGUAUUGUAUAUAUUAUUCAAGUUGUUAAUUUAUUAAAUAAGUACAAUCAACAUGAAUAAGGAAACUGUUAUAAGAAUUGAUAAUCCUAAAAAUGGAGAUAACAGAGAAAGCCAGGGUGUAGUAAACAUUCUGUGUUUGGACAUAACAAAAUAUAAUUUUGGAUUACAAUUCACAUUAUGUUGUUCUUUUGUGUUUAUAUUUUAUUUGGCAUAUGGAUAUUUCCUGGAGUUGAUAUUUGCUGAACCAGAAGUCGCUCCAGUCAGUUUAUAUAUAACAUUCAUUCAGUUUUUAAUCACUAUGGCUUUAAGCCAGGUGGAGUCUACUAUUAGAAGUCCUAUUAAAAGGAAAGUACCAUUGAGAACAUAUGCUAUAUUAGCAGCAUUGACACUAGGAACUAUGUCAUUAUCAAACUUGGCUCUCAGUUACCUGAACUACCCAACACAACUAAUAUUCAAGAGUUGUAAACUUAUACCUGUGAUGAUUGGCAGUAUAAUUAUAUUGGGAAAGAGAUAUGGAUUUUUGGAUUAUGUGGCUGCUAUUAUUAUGUGUGUUGGAUUAACUAUGUUUACAUUAGCUGAUUCAAAAAUGUCACCAAACUUUAACUUUAUAGGAGUAAUUGUUAUAUCUCUUGCCUUACUAUGUGAUGCUAUAAUAGGCAAUGUUCAAGAGAAGGCAAUGAAACAAUUUCAAGCUACAAAUAAUGAAGUUGUUUUCUAUUCCUAUGCUAUAGGUAGUAUAUAUUUAUUGGUCAUCACUGGGGUUAGUGGUAUACUAAAAGAUGGAUUUAUUUAUUGUUCCGAGGAUCCAAUAACAAUGUACUUCAACAUAUUUUUACUUAGCAUUUGUGGGUAUAUGGGCCUUCAGGCUGUAUUGACGCUAGUCAGGAUAUCUGGUGCAACUGUGGCUGUGACUGUUACUACCAUGCGGAAAGCACUCUCUAUUGUUAUAUCUUUCCUUCUGUUUAGCAAGCCUUUUGUAUUCCAGUACAUCUGGUCUGGAGUGCUAGUGGUAUUAGCAAUAUAUUUAAAUCAUUAUAGUAAGAAAAAUCCAAAAUAUGUUCCUAAACCUAUUACCAAAAUAUGGCAGUAUAUUCAAACAUUUUACCAAUCCGAGUAUAGAUAUCUUAAACUUAAGAGUAAAAUGUAUACAGAUACCGUGUAGCUCAAUUUACUAGUGAAAAUAUAAUAGUUGAUUUUACAUAUACAAAAGUAUAGUUUUUUGGCUGAGGCUAAUUUUGUCACUACUUUAGGUGACAUUGCACUUUUUUUUUAGAAGUAGCUAACAGAAAUGUAUUAAUAUUAUAUUACGUUAAUAAUUUGUUUAGUAUUUUUUUUGGCUUUUGCGUAUGGCACAAAACUAAAAUUUAAGAAAAGUACAAGUAUUGGCCAGUUAAGUAUUCAAGCCAGUAUUUUUGCAUAUUCAGUAAAUCUGAGAAUGGGCUAUCUAUGAUUCCCCUAAGUGAUAAGGGGUGUCCACCUCAAAUUUUUUUUUUUUAAAUACAUACAACCCUUAAUUGUCACCCCUGUAUGAUCAACCCUUAUUUUUUUAUUAUAGUAGAUUGGUUAUUUGUAUUGAACUGAAAAAUGUUUCCUGGAAAUAAUAUACAUGGCAAAAUGACGCAUCAGCUAGUUUUAUAUAAAAUUAGACAAUUGACUGUAAUUUUGUAGUCCAGUGUUAAAAUAUUGAAUUCUGUCAAAACUGUACUAAGUGCUAUAAUUUUAUUUUAAAUGUCAAUUAAUGUGUAAUUUGUGUUGACAAGAGAUCUAUUAUGUUUUAUAAAGUGAUAUUAUUUAAGUGUAAAAUGUUGGUAAUAAAUAAAAUAUAUUUUAU